AUGGGUGUUGCAGAACCUCAAGAUGAGUUGACGCGUCGUCGUGAGCGAGGCCGCCGCUCCCAAGCAGCUUUUCGCAAGCGACAGGCCCAGUCAAACCACGCGCUGGCGGAUCAAAAUGCGCGUCUGAAGCAGGGCAUUCAGAAACUACUAGAUGUAGCUCAAGGUGAUGAACGACAAGAAAUGCUUGACAUCCUUCGUGAGCUUGCACUUGCUGCUGAUAUCGAAGCUCCACCCAGCGUUUCCCAGAUAGAAACAGUCUGUCCUAGCACUGGGCCUUCAGAUAGCGACAUCAUCACUACAGACGCAACCAGCUUCCAGAGCUUCAGCAGCAUUUCUCUCCCAAUAAGCCCCCCACAAUCGACCCAAUAUCGUCUGGAGUGCAGCAUGUGGCUAGACCCAUUACAUUACCUACGCGUCUCGUUACCGCCUCAAGACAUCUUGCCAUACCUGGGAACCGGUGCCGAGACCUUUGCAGGCCUUCUAUUCUGGUCAGUCAUGGAACAUUACCAAACAGUAUGCACGCAACACAACUCCAAAGCACUCAUCCAAAAAGGCCUGGAGCAUUCAAAAGCUACGCAGGAUAUCAAGCCGUCUUUCAUCGAGACCAUGGCAAAGGCAAGAGUCGAGUAUAAACAAACGGGCUCCAUUAGCCAAGCCUAUGCCGUCGCCGCUGAAAAGGAUCUGGGACUUGUACUGUGUAAUCUAAUAGAAACAGAGUAUCGCUCUACGGGCAAGGAUCCAGACCAGUGGCUAUCGUGUAUUGGUAUUGAGAAACGGCUCAGGAAGACAAUGAGUCACGAUGAAUUAGAGAACAUGAGAAAGGCUGCGCUUGUACGAGAUAACACAGUCUUGCGCCAUCUACUGGAAGACGUUAAGUGCAGGCUGUAUGAUAGCUGUGUCUGUUUUGGGGAUGGUCCUCGAUGGGAUGUAAAGAUGGUUGAUGAGCUAUUCGCUCCUUUUAUAAGAUAUAGAGGAGAAAAGAACCUGUUAAAAUGA